UAUUGGCACCAAGUGAACAUUUUGGCACAGUCAGCUGGAGUUAGCAGAACACAACCAACAACAACAACAACAACCACCACAUUGUUGCAGCUGAGAUGAUCCACAGCCUGUUCCUGAUUAAUCACUCAGGAGACAUCUUCCUGGAGAAACACUGGAAGAGUGUCAUCAGCCGAAGUGUGUGCGAUUACUUUUUCGAGGCCAAAGAGAAGGCGGUGGACCCUGAGAAUGUGGCCCCCGUCCUGCAGACCCCACAUCACUAUCUCAUCUCCGUGUACAGGGGAAAGCUCUUCUUCCUCUCUGUGGUCCAGACCGAAGUCCCUCCACUCUUUGUCAUCGAGUUCCUGCACAGAGUGGCGGACACAUUUCAGGACUACUUUGGUGAAUGCUCAGAAGGCGUGAUCAAGGACAACUUGGUGACCGUUUACGAGCUGUUGGAGGAAAUGCUGGACAAUGGGUUUCCACUAGCAACGGAGUCCAACGUCCUUAAAGAGAUGAUUAGGCCUCCUAAUAUCCUGCGAUCGGUUGUCAAUACGCUCACAGGAGGUAGUAACGUUGGAGACAAAUUGCCGACAGGUCAACUGUCAAACGUCCCAUGGAGACGAGCUGGUGUUAAAUACACCAAUAAUGAAGCAUACUUUGAUGUGAUAGAGGAAAUAGAUGCAAUUCUGGACAAAUCAGGGACGACAGUAUUCGCAGAGAUCCAGGGUGUAGUUGAAGCCUGUGUGAGACUCACUGGGAUGCCUGACCUGACUCUGUCCUUCAUGAAUCCUCGUCUUCUCGAUGACGUGAGUUUCCACCCGUGUGUGCGGUUUAAGCGCUGGGAAUCCGAGCGUGUCCUGUCUUUCAUCCCACCGGAUGGAAACUUUACGCUCAUGACGUAUCAUGUCAGCUCUCAAAAUCUCGUAGCCAUUCCAGUGUACGUGAAGCAGAACAUCAGUUUCUUUGAGUCAGGAUCUUGUGGUCGCCUGGAUAUUACCAUCGGACCCAAGCAGAACAUGGGGAAGACGGUGGAGGGCUUGAUGGUCACCAUCCACAUGCCUAAAGUUGUGCUCAGUGCCAACCUCACGGCCACACAGGGAAACUACACCUACGAUCUGGCUACCAAGGUGGUGGUUUGGGACAUUGGGAAGCUUAACCCCCAGAAGCUUCCUAACUUGCGAGGCAGUCUUAGUCUGCAGGCAGGAGCCCCCAAACCUGACGAAAACCCCUCUCUCAACAUUGACCUGAAGAUACAGCAGCUGGCCAUAUCAGGUCUUAAAGUGAGUCGCCUCGACAUGUAUGGGGAGAAGUACAAGCCAUUUAAAGGGGUCAAAUACUUGACAAAGGCGGGCAAAUUCCAAGUGCGGACCUGAGUUACGACUGUCAAGAGGCCAAAGGUCAGCAAUCCAAUGUGCCAAAUAGGAGGCCAGAUUACCACACUGCUGAGCCAUCUCACCGACAAGACUUACAGAUCCACUGCCUCAUUGUUACUAAUGAACAGUUCUGCAUUCUAACAGUUAUUUAUUAUAUGUUUGGCAUUAAACACACACCACACACACACACACACACACACACACACAUACAUACAUAUUUACAGUGUACUUACUGAAGUAUUCAUCCCUCUCUGAAGAUUUCCCUUUUCAAUGCUUUUUAACAUUGGAUCAUAGUCAAUAUAUUUUUUUCUUCUUUUUUGAUAUGAGUUUACAAAAACAAUUUCAUGUCAAAGUGAAAACAAAUUUCUACAAAAUCAUGUCAGUUGCUUCAAAAUGUAAAAUCUAGAAGUGAUUGUAUUCACUCCGUUCAAGCCAGUAUUUAGUAGAUACCCAUUUGGCCAUAUAUACAGCAUUGAUGUGGAUAGGUCUCCAUCAGCAUUGCACAUCUGCACUCUGCAAUUUUACCCUGUUCUUCUUUGAAAAACUGCUAUUGUUCUGUCAGUAUGCACAGGGAUCAGUUCAAGUUAUGAUGCUGCCACCACCAUGUUUCACAAUGGAUAUGGUGUAUUUUUUAAUUAUGUGCAAUGUUUUAUGUCUGCCAAAGAUAGCGUCUGGUCUGAUGGUCAAAAAGCUCAGUUUUGGUCUCAUCACUCCAAAGAACCUUCUUUCAGUUCACUCCUGCUGUAGGAAGAUUUAUGCACAUGCUGCGUUUCUUCAGUUUCUCACUAAUGGAUUUAACUCUACUCCAAAUGAUAUUCAGUCACUUGGGUAUUUUUUAUAUUUUUUUUUGCAUUAACCCCCUGACUUAUGCUUUUCAAAAACUUUUUCAUGGACUUAUUUGAAGGGUUAUUUUUGUUUUUAAUGGUCUUGUUAUAGCCUUGAGUAUUGAUUGACCAGUCACUGGACCUCUCUAGAUACAGGUGUCUUUAUACUCCAAUCACUUGAGAAACAUUUGCUGCACUCAGAAUGGUCUCCAUUUCAACACCAAAUAGCUGUAUUGAAUUAGGUGGCUCACUUUAAAGGAGGGGAAUACUUAUGUAGUCACUUAUUUUUUAGAAUUCAUUUUGAAAAAUAAUUGACAGGAAAUAAUUUGACAUGAAAGACUCUUUUUUUUGGGGGGGGAGGGGAAUUGUUGUUGAAAAAAGCCAAAAUUGACAAUGAUUCAGUGCUGGAAAGCAUUACAAAGCAAAACGUCAAAGGGAGGGGUCAAUACUUUUUUAUAGGCACUGUAUAUAUAGAUAUAAAUAUAUAAAUGGUUUUGUGCCUGUAAAGGGAAGCCUUAAUUAUCAGUAUGUCUUUGUUUAAGUGCUAGUAGUUUCUAUCCAGUUUAAAUGUACUGCUAUGUAUGGAUCAUUCCUUUCUUUUUUUCUUUUUCCCUUUCUUUCUUUCUUUUUUUUUUUUAUCUAACACCUUCUGAGUGUUGCUUAAGGGGAAUAUUUUGAUUUGAAAAAGGACACUUAAAGUUCACUGCCUUGCUCAUCGUCGCAAACAAACAAUCUUACCUGCAUGUUGCCUGAAAGUAAACAGACACGCCUUCGAAAACCUUUUUACUUAAGGUAGCCAGUUUUAUAUAUAUAUAUAUAUGUUUAUUUUUGAAAAACCUAAUGUGUCUUGAGGCACUGUCUUUAGUGCAGGAAGUUUUGCACAUAUUCACUCCUUAUUGUGGCCUUUUUAGAGUAGGCUUUGUGUAGCACACAGUACAGCACAGACCGCAUGUUCCGGACACCUGAAGCAAGAAUAUUUUAUAGAAACAUAUCUUAUCUCUAAGGUACACAGUUUGACGUAUGGAUGGUGUAAUUAUAAGUUAGUGAUUCAGGCAGUUUGGUGGGAACAGUUGUGCAAACAGCACUCUGAAGUCUAAAAGAUUCUCACACAAUCGUGAAUGCAACAUCUUUUAUAUACAGUCUAUGUUCUUUAAUCAGCACAGCAUUUGCACAAUCAGAUGUCCACGUGGAAAAUACUACUUAAAGCUCUUGUAUGAAGUUGAAUCUGUAUUUCUGUUUAUAAGAUAUCUUAUAAAAGCUUUAAAAAAUGUGA